AUGGCGAUUAUCUCUGAGAUGGUGGAGGAUAGACCCUCGCUGUUGCCGUUUGCAGCAAGUUUUGAUCCUUCAAACCCGUUAGGGUUUAUAGAGAAGGUCCUUGACUUUAUUGGCAGAGAGAGCAACUUUCUCAAGAAAGACCCCGCUGAGAAGGAGAUUGCCACUGCCAUUACGGAGAAGAAGAAGAAGAUGGAGAAGGAGAGCUUGAAGUUGACGGAAGAGAUUACGGAAGUGGAAAAGGAGAGCUUGAAGCUGACGGAGCCGAUGGAGGUUGAUAAGCCCAAGGAGGAGAAACAGGAAUCAGGUCUCAUCGUCCCUAACAAAGGGAAUGGGCUUGAUCUCGAGACAUACUCGUGGACACAGAAUCUUCAAGAGGUUACGGUUAACAUUUCAGUGCCUAUCGGGACUAAAUCACGGUUUGUUUCUUGUGAAAUCAAGAAGAACCGUCUUAAAGUUGGUCUCAAAGGGAAAGAUCCAAUGAUCGAUGGAGAACUCUUCCACCCUGUCAAGCCUGACGAGUGCUUUUGGAAUAUCGAGGAUCAAAAGGUCAUAUCGGUGCUCUUGACGAAGCAAGACCAGAUGGAGUGGUGGAAAUAUUGUGUGAAAGGAGAACCUGAAAUAGACACUCAGAAAGUUGAGCCAGAGAGCAGCAAACUGGGUGAUCUCGACCCCGAAACUCGCCAGACCGUUGAGAAGAUGAUGUUUGAUCAAAGGCAGAAGCAGAUGGGACUUCCAACGAGUGAUGAGAUAGAGAAACAAGAUAUGCUCAAGAAGUUCAUGGCUCAGCAUCCUGGGAUGGACUUCUCUAAUGCAAAGUUUAACUGA